AUGGAGGCGAGCUCGGGGCCUAGCCGGAGUUCCAGCCAGGAGCCGGAUGGCCCAUGCGACGGAGAGGACCGCCUCAGCGCCCUCCCCGACGACCUGCUCCUCGACGUCCUCGCCCGCCUCCCCUGCGCCGCCGCCGCCGCCCGCACCGAAGUCCUCUCCCGCCGGUGGCUCGGCCUCUGGGCCAGCCUCCGCCAGAUCGUCUUCCGCGGCGUGGCCCUCCCGUCGCUCGAGGCGGCGCUCGGCCGCGUCGAUCUUCCCCUGCCCGCGGUUUCCCUCAUCAAAAUCCGCGUCCCCAUCAAGCAGCAGCAUCCCCAUCAACCCGUCCUCAAGGGCAAGGAGCACUGGAGAGACAGCGCAGGCGUCCCCAUCAACUCGCUGCUCCGCGCCGCCGCGCGGCUCGACCCGGAGAAGCUCGACUUCCGCAUCCCCUCCGGCAUAAUCGAGCGUGCCCUCGCUGUCGACCUGCCUUGCUUGCCCCGCGCCACCUCCAUCGCGCUCAACUUUUCCUCCCUCUUCUCCCUCGCCGCCGUGCCGGCCGGCGCCGAGUUCCCCGCACUCGAGACGCUGUCCCUGGCGCAAUGCACCACCAACCUCGACGGCUUGCUCGCCUGCUGCCCGCGCUUGCGCACGCUCCGCCUCAGCAGGGCUGUGUUCCUUGACUGCAUCAUUAGGGUCGUCAACUCGCCUCUGCUGCAGGAGCUUGUCGUGGAAUGCGAGGCCAGAUUGACACAGCGUGUCGUCAUUGUUGCUCCCGAGCUUAAGCAAUUGACCACCUCAUUUACAGCGGUGGUGGCGGUUAACAUCACCGUCUUGGCGCCAGUGGUGGAGAAGAUUUCAUGGCAGUGCUGCUACUUGGGGCCGUGUAUUGUGUUUGGUGUUUGGAGCCUCAACAAACUGCGGCUACAGUCGGCGGAGAGACAAGGAGAGCCAACGACGCUGUACAUUUAUGCCUGCGUCGACCCGUCUCCUUUUCGCGCUCAGGUGCACAACUUUAGGCAGGAGAUACAGAGGCACAUGGUUGCUGCCUUCUCCGUUUUCGAGCUGCAUCUCACAGCCAAGGGGCAUGCUUUCGGAGCGGUUGUGGUUCAUCUCCUUGGGAUGGAUCGAAUUAGUACUGCUACUCGGAGGCUUAAGGUCGUCCUACAUAGAUCAGAGUUGAAAGAAGUAUGCCCGACACACUGUCCUUGUGAGUCUCCGAACUGGAGGUCCCAGGCUAUCUCCUUGGAUGCUCUCGAAGAAUUGGAGUUCAAUGGAUUCGACGGAGCGGAUCAUGAGUUUGAUUUAUUGGAAUUGAUACUUGGAUGUGCACCGAUGCUAAAAAGAAUGAUUGUCAAGCUGUCCGAGGAGAUCUCGGCAAGUAAUGAUGGAUGUGCAAAGAUAGUCAACAUCUUCAAGCAGGCAUGUUCUUCUGUGGAAUGUGAUGUUUAUCACAGCUCGGGGAUAAUGUACAGCAGCCAAAAUUGCCCUUCCACAUGAUUGUCAACCUUAGGUCUGUCGAUCCGUGGUGCACAUUCACAAGAUCAUCCUUUGUUCUGUGGAUUCGUCGCGCGCUGCGCAUUGACAGGGUCUCGGGACUUUGCUUUGUUGUUUGAACUGGUCAUCUGGCGUGUUCUUUUACCAGUGUACUGUACUAGCUAUAUACAAGGUGCACAGUUAUAUGUUGUGUGGUUUCUCUGACAUUUGACUAUUGAAUUAAUGCACUCUACCUAUGUCGUGAAUCGUGAGUCAAUUA